UCCACAUACACAAAACGAACUACCGGCAAAAAGAUAUUGGAAAGACCUCCUCAAAUAACAUUUUCUUCACAUUCAAGAUGUCUUCAAAGACAUUUAGCGUGAAAGUCGAGUCCACAGUCCCUUGCGAGGGGCAAAAACCCGGCACCAGCGGUCUCCGGAAGCAUGUUACGGUGUUCCAACCAUGGCGGUACACAGCCAACUUCGUACAGAGCAUCUUGGCCGCGAUCGACGGCGGACGACGGGAGGGUUGCACGCUGGUGGUGGGCGGGGACGGGAGAUUUUACAUGCAGACGGCCGUCCAGAUUAUCAUACAAAUUGCUGCCGCAAAUGGGGUCGGCAAGCUCGUGAUUGGUCAGAAUGGUUUGUUGUCAACGCCAGCGAUGUCUUUUUUGAUCCGCAAGUGCAAAGCUGAGGGAGGUAUCAUCUUAACAGCUAGUCAUAAUCCAGGGGGGCCAGAUGGAGACUUUGGUAUCAAAUUCAAUACAUCAAACGGAGGUCCAGCACCGGAGGGAGUGACUAACGCCAUCUAUGAAAUAACAAAGACCAUCUCAACUAUCAGGCACUGCCCAGAUUUAAAAGUGGACGUCAGUGCUGUGGGCACACAGCAGUAUGAGGUCGAAGGUCGAAAGUUUGUCAUUGAGGUCGUUGACCCAGUGGAGGACUACCUCAAGCUCAUGCAAGAAAUAUUUGACUUUGACGCUUUAAAAAAGCAGCAGAGCGGAUCGCUAAAGUUCGUUGUGGACGCGAUGCACGGAGUGGUCGGUCCUUACGCCAAACGUAUCUUCUGCCAAGAGCUGGGUGCGCAGGAGGAUUGCUGCUUAAACUGUGUCCCUAAGGAGGACUUUGGAGGUCACCAUCCUGACCCCAACCUGACCUAUGCAGCUGACCUCGUGACCUUGAUGAAGAAAGGCAUCCAUGGUUUUGGAGCCGCUUUUGAUGGGGACGGGGAUCGUAACAUGAUUCUCGGAAAGAACGGGUUCUUUGUAACUCCUAGUGACUCUAUCGCUGUCAUUGCGGCUAAUGCUAAGUGUAUGCCGUACUUCAAGAAGACUGGAGUCAAGGGUCUUGCACGCAGCAUGCCCACAAGUGGAGCUCUAGACAGGGUGGCUGAAGCAGAAGGAUUGGAAUUCUUCGAGGUCCCAACAGGCUGGAAGUUUUUCGGGAAUCUCAUGGACGCUUCUCGGCUUUCCCUCUGUGGGGAGGAAAGCUUCGGGACCGGCAGUGACCAUAUAAGGGAGAAGGAUGGAUUGUGGGCGGUGCUAGCGUGGAUGUCGAUCAUGGCCGCCAGGCAGAUGAGUGUAGAAGAGAUCUUAAUGGAUCACUGGGGGAAAUAUGGCAGGAACUUUUUCACAAGGUACGAUUAUGAGAAUGUUGAAUCUGAACCGGCGCAGCAGAUGAUGACUGAUCUAAGGAAUAAAGUAUCGACGGAGACCGUAGCUGCGUUCAUCGGUAAGGAGUUCACGGAGGGUGACAAGACCUACAAAGUGGCCAAGGCGGACGACUUUGAGUACACGGAUCCAAUUGACAAGAGCGUGUCUAAAAAACAGGGCAUCCGUAUUAUCUUUGAAGAUGGCUCAAGGAUCAUCUUCAGGCUCAGCGGUACUGGUAGCAGCGGGGCUACGGUACGCAUGUACAUCGACAGCUACGAAUCGGACAAAACCAAAUUCCCUCUGGACGCACAAAUUGUUCUACAACCACUCAUCAAUAUCGCUCUGAGAAUCUCUCAGCUACGAGAGCUCACAGGUCGUCAAGAACCAACGGUGAUCACUUAGGGAAGGUUUAAGGGAUGUUUUUUGCUAGAGGUAUGGUAGAACUCCCAUCCAGUUCUGCUUGGCAAUCCCUCAGUCAUAUGCACUUGCAAAUCCUUCCAUCGUUGAAAUACAAAUGUUUCACUGUUUGGAUUUCAGGAAUGAUAAUAGACAGUAGUCAAAUGACAUUUUUCAACUUUAUAUAACAAAUAACUGAUACUUUCUCAAACAGUCACAUAAUCAGUUGGUAUUCUGUGAUGUUCCUAUGUUCUUCUCGUUUUUUUGGUGUCUCGCCUUGAGUAAUCAGUUUACUAGUGCAGUCUUCAUUCCAACAGAAUCAAAUAAUUAAUGCAGUGGGAUUUUGAUGGGUUCUUGGUGGACAGAAUCAAAAGUAUUGGGCUUUGAUCACAUGUAUGAAGGUGUGCCUGAUCCAAUGUAAAGUAUGAUCAGUUUACUAGGAGUACAGUCCUAGUUCAACAGAGUCAAACAAAACAUGCAGUUGGAUUUGUAUGGUUUCUUGGUGUACAGAGUCAAAAUUGUUGGACUUUGUUUAUGAUGGUGUGCCUAAUGCCAUGUAGAGCAUAAUCAGUUUACUAGGUGGAGAUCUCGUUCCAACAGAAUCAAACAAAACAUGAAGUUGGGAUUGGUGUUUUAGAUUUAGUGAAGUGCAUGAUGAUUCUUGAUAGUGGUAUUUUAUAAAGCAAGCUUUGGUGUAAAGGCUAAAAAUCAUGACAUUGAACUCUGAUCAAUAGGUGGUGAUAUGCAGAAAGUAAAUAGUGUAAAUAAGAAUAUAGAUUGUUGCUUGACCCCUAAGGGGAUAUUUUCUGGAAUAUUGAUAUUAAAAUUCUUCCUUCCUUGGUAAAUUUCAAGUGAGUUAGUCAACCGUGUGAAGCCAUUUCACUGCAUGGUCUGUGUAUGGUGGUGUGUUUCGUCCCAACUUAAGAAUUUUCCCAACUGUAGAUGGGACUGGUCUCAAUUUGAGUGUUAUAGUUUGGAGGGCCCAACUAUAGCUUUGCUCCAACUGUUCUACUAAACUGUGUGACUGCGUAGCAUUCAACACAUAGUAUUAUGGUGCAGGCUGGCAUAGUUAAUCAAAUGGUGUGUUUACUGAUGGCUUAUGAGCCAUUGGAAAGGAGAAUUUCAUGCUAUAGACUGUGCAAGUCUGGCACGGAUUUUAACUUUUUUUUAUCACUUUGGUCCCAUGAACAUUGCUGAAUUACAUGAAAGAACCGUACGUGUUAACUUUGUGUCCAAAUGUUUAAGUACGCGCAAAACUUGCAAAGUCUAUUAUUUGAAUUCAAAUUUUUUAUUUGUGAACAAUUAGCUUUAUUUUUUUUUUCCAGAUAAGAAUGAAUCAUGCUCUUUGAUUUACUUCUCUAGUGCCUAGGAUACUGCUCCCAGAAGCUCCUUAGAAUAUAUCGCUCCAGAGUUGAACAGAAGGUGGAAAUGCUUUUAAACAUGCUUCCUAUAAUUUGGAUGAAGAUUUUUUUUUAGAGAUUCUUUUCAACCAUGACUCUCCUUCCUGAUAAUCUAGAGAGAGGGAUUUUCUGUCAUGACCCCGGUGCUAGUACUGUCUUUUUGGGGGAGAUUGUAGUUGAUUUAAUAAUAAAUUUAAAAUAGCAAUAUAUUUUUUACUAUUUAAAAAUUUAUUAAAGUACUAUUCUUUAGUAGAGUGAUAAGUAGUUUUACCAAAUCUAUAUAUUUAUUUGAAUGCUGCUCGUGAUUUUGGGAGUCCAGAAAACUUUGUAAUUUAUUUGGAUGCAUAGUGCUUUACUAGCCUACGUUGUCAUGUGACAUGAAAUCUUUGAUCAGAUCAGCAUUAUGUCGGGGGUAAGUUUGCUAGGUAGGGGUGAGAUGACUGGCUUUCGCUUAGAAAUGUGCAACGGUGCAUUGUUUUAUUCCUUGGCAAAAUAUGAAAUUAAACAUGCAAAGAUUCUGGUUUUAAUUGUAAAAUUAGUAUGUUUUAUUCUGUAUCUUAUUUAUAAUCGUGGAAACCAACUAUUAUAGUAUACCACUUAAACCUUUAACUUCCUUGAAUGGUCGCCCAUGCCACUAGUAGUACCCUGGUCCUAUGGGGUUGCUUAGGAAGAAAUGAUUGCUUACUAACUUUCUGCUAAGCAAAAAUUAAGAAGGAUACCAGUCACAGAUGUUACACGACAUGGUAUUUUAACUGGAAAAAAUAGACGGGGUAGGCCUCGGAAGAGGUAGGAAA